UUUUCAGUACUCAUAAUGUCCAAUUCCUGCAAAGAGUUUUCAAUCAGCGAAAAUGUAAAAAAUAUCUCGCGAUUUGUGGAUGGAGAGAGCUACUACAACAACUUAGAAGACCGAUUCAAUAUUCCAUGGAGAAUGACCCUUGAGAGGAAAAAUUAUCAGUGUGGUUUUUAUUUAAGAUGCGAAAAAGAAGAAUGUGAAGCCAGAAAAUGGUCGAUUGAAACUGAAUAUACAUUGAAAUUGGUGUCACAGAAUGGAAAAAGUUUGAUGAAAAACUCGAAAUACACAUUUGAAAAGCCGAAAUCAUAUGGUUGGAUUAAUUUUCUCAGUUGGAAGGAAUUGGAAAGUGAUUAUGUAGUUGAUGAUAGUAUCGUGGUUGAAGCACAUGUUAAGAUCAUAAACAUUUUGGAUUCUCCGUGCACUGAAACAAGGGCCCAAAAAACUUUUCUGUUUAAUCACACUGUUCGAAAUAUUUCAAGAAUUAAAAAAAGAAGUAACUAUUACACCAAUGUAGAAACACAUUUCAAAAUUCCUUGGAAAAUUCAAAUUCAACGAAUUAAUGGAUUUUUUGGAGUGUUUCUACGAUGUGAAAAACAACGAUUUGAUAGCAAAAGCUGGGCUAUUGAAGUGGAAUAUGUUCUAACAUUGAAGUCUUCGAAUGGCCAAAGAUUGUCAUUAACAGGAACUACCACGUUUAACGAGCCCACUGGUUACGGUUAUGAAAAAUUCAUUCGAUGGGAUGAUAUGGAGAGAAAGUACGCGAUCAACGACAGCAUCGUAAUUGAAGCUCGAGUCAAAAUUAUGAAGAUGACUGGAUUUGAAGAUCUGCCACCUAAUGUAAAAUUAUCUGGAAUUGUAAUUCCAGUUGGAGAUCGGGAAUAUUCAAUGGAGGAGUGGAUGGAGUUGGCGUUUGGUUGUUAGUUUUGUAGUGGAGUGUAUGUGAAUUUGUUCAGAUUUUUUGUUUUUUUUCUGUUUUUUCUAACCCUAAAUAAAAUCAUUGCUCAAAU